AAAUAAAGUAAAAGAAAAAAAAAAGACCACCAAACCCGUGGAGUUGUUGUGUUGCCAUUUCAUACCUUGGUAAGAGGCGAAAGCCAUAGCCAAAGCCUCUCUCAAUCCUCAAACCCCCUUUUGCUUUACGUUCUUCUCUCUUCGAUAAUUCGAUUCCUUUAGUCUCACGGGGGUUCCCUUUUGAUCUUCAAUCAAUCUCUCUACCAAAGAGAUUCUUUUUAUUUUUCCGAUCUGCGCGCCCAUCGGGAUCGACCCAGUUUCUCCAGUCAUCUGGUACGUUUGAUCAGGAAUUCGAGAGGACAAGAACAUCGAAUCAGUUGAUUUGAUUCAGGUUUGGAUUUUAACUGGUUAAUAAGAUGGAUGAAAACAAUGGAGUCUCAACCUCACUUCCACCAUUCCUCACCAAAACAUAUGAAAUGGUAGAUGAUUCCUCCUCUGACUCGAUCAUAUCUUGGAGCGAUCACAACAAAAGCUUCAUCGUCAAGAGCCCCGCCGAGUUUUCGAAAGACCUUCUUCCAAGAUUCUUCAAACACAAGAACUUCUCCAGCUUCAUCCGCCAGCUCAACACAUAUGGUUUCAGAAAAGUCGAUCCGGAGAAAUGGGAGUUCGCAAACGAAGAUUUCGUUAGAGGCCAGCCUUACCUAAUGAAGAACAUCCACAGGCGAAAACCGGUUCACAGCCACUCGUUACAGAACCUACAAGCGCAGAGUCCUUUGUCUGAAUCAGAAAGACAGAGCAUGAAGGAUCAGAUCGAGAGGCUGAAGAGGGACAAAGAAGUCCUUCUCACGGAUUUACAGAACCAAGAGCUUGAGCGUAAAGGGUUUGAGCUGCAAGUAACCGCGUUGAAAGACCGGUUACAGCACAUGGAGCAGCGUCAGAGAUCGAUAGUGACAUUCGUUUCACAGGUUUUGGAAAAGCCAGGGUUUUCUCUAAACCUAGAAACCCACGAGACAAGGAAAAGAAAGCUGCAAGAGACAGAGACUUCUCUUCCUCCGGGCCGGUCACACGCAGAUCAGGUGGAGAAGUUGGAGUCUUCUUUAACGUUCUUGGAGAAUCUUGUCACGGAAUCUUGCGACAAGGGUAUGGAUAUUGAUGUGAACGAGUCAACUAGCUGCGCGGAGAGUCUAAGCAAUGGAGAUAACCGAGCCAAGUCAACAAAGAUUGAUAUGAACGCAGAGCCUGUUACCGUUGCUGUUGCUGCUCCAAAGACAGGGGUUAACGAUGUGUUCUGGGAGCAGUGUUUGACAGAGAAUCCGGGAUCGAUUGAACAGCAGGAAGUUCAGUCAGAGAGAAGAGAUGUUGAUGCAAAUAAGAUUGGAGAUGGAAGGACGUUUUGGUGGAAAGCUAAGAAUGUAAAUGAUAUUGCAGAGAGAGCUUGAUAUUUAAGCUCUUUUGUAAAAUAGAUUUUUUUAUUUAUUACUACUUCUGAGAUCACUGUCUUGUGGUUCAUUGUUUAUUCUGUUUCUGUACGCUAUUGUUUUGGGGGAAGAGUAAUAUAGAUGCAUAUUGGCUCUGGAUUUA